AUGUACCGAGACAGUCCCGACCGACUAGGUGGAGAAAGUUCGAGUGUGGAGUUUUCCAGAAAGAUAUUCGUGAACUGCGGCGGCGGCGGAUAUGGUAUCUUCAACCACUCAGUGUGGAACGGACUGACGGUGGCUGAUGUGGUGUUCCCAUGGUUCGCGUUCGUGAUGGGCGAAGCCCUGGUACUUUCACUGAACGCCCGCUUAAGGACUUCCCUGCCGCGCUUCACUGCUUUCGGUCAGGUGGCGCGGCGGUCUCUAUUCCUAGCGCUGAUCGGCAUCUGCCUGGGCUCAAUUAACGUGUCCUGGGCUAACGUGCGGCUUCCCGGAGUCCUGCAGCGUCUGGCCGCCAUGUACCUUAUCGUUGGUGCUCUGGAGUGUGCCUUCAUGAGGACCAGUCAGAACAUUACACCUGAAAUUUAA